GUGUGUGUGUGUGUGUGUGUGUGUGUGUGUGUGUGUGUGUGUGUGUGUGUGUGUGUGUGUGUGUGUGUAUGUUGCGGUGGGGAAGUUGUGCCUGAUGGACUGUGAUGGGAGACGAUGAUCUUUAUGGCCGUUGGCGCUGCUUUGGUGAUGGUGAUAGCGCGUUGUGUGGACAUGAACGCGCUGCUCAAUCGCUUCCACAACUACAUCCUUCCUCAUGUGCGGGGUCCGGAGCGGGUGUGUCACUGCACCUGUGGCAGACACAGGGUACAGUAUGUAAUCCCAUACGAGGGUUCGAGCUCGCCAGACCGAGACCUUCCAGCAGGGGGCAGCAGUGUGACUAAGCAGGAAGUGGACCUGGUUCUGGGGCUGCUGCUGGGUUUCUGUAUCAGCUGGGUUCUGCUAUGGCUGGACAGAAGCCUGCACCGGGUUCUGCGGGCUUGGAGAGCCCACCCACAGAAAGACGUGUGGAGGUCGUGGAAGUGGGUGAUGAGAAUGUGUAACGUGCAGGAGCUUCGUAGGAGGCUGCAGCAGCGCAGGAACAACAGCAGAGAAGACAACAACGUGGUACACGUCAAACACAAACACUACCAUAACGGGCACCUGAGCCCACGCAGACUUUAAUCACACACACACACACACACUGCAGCAGGCAUAUGGGCCAAGACAAACGUUCUCACAAUGUUCUCAAAGCAGCUCUCUCUCUCACACACACUUGAUGAACUCCCUCUGACCGUCUCUUCGAGGAUGUGACUGUAUUCAGCACACAGCAGGACUGCAGUCACACAACUCCAUGUGUGGUGUUUAUAUAAACACGUGCGUGAACACACGUCAACUCUGUGCAGGAACCGGACCCCACGUGCACUUUCUCCAUGCCUGAGGUAUCCCAUUUUUUGACGAUUAGACAUUAAUUUUGCUUGCCGAUGUCUGUUUUUACCGGUUUUUGUGCGGAUGUUAGUUUUGUACAGUGAAAAGGGUGAACAUCUGGACAUUACAAUCACGUUCACAAUUUUUAGGGGAUGAUUUUUUGUGUAUCAGGGAUAUGUUUUUUUGUGUCUAUUUUAGAACAACAACAAAAAAAGAGCAUGCCCACACAACUUUAGUACUGUGGUGCAGUUUUAUUCGUAAUGUGGGACGUGGGGGGAGGGGGGAGGGGUGUGUGUUAGUGCAUCAGCAUGGGACAGGGAGAUCAGUUGCUGUAAUUGGAUUUGUCGUAUAUGGAUUCCAAGAAGUCUACCAAGUCCUGUUUGUAUUUUUUAGUAAAAACUGUUGUGUUGUGGGAUAAUAAUAAUAAUAAGAAGAAGAAUAUUGUGUGCAUCUUCAGCGCUGUUAGAGUGAUACUAGUGUAUGCUGUGGGGGUGGAGGACACGUCCUCCUCCUCCAGUUUUCCCAUGCAGAUGUAUGUGUGUGUUCGAUUAAACAGCAAAGUCAAA